AUGAUUAGGACUCUUUUCAACGGCGCUGCGCACCUCACCGUUACUGGUUACCUAACUGUAUCGUUCUUUAAGGAAGCUGUAUUGGACCCUACAAAUCAGCUCAUGGACAAAGCGGAGAAGGUCUCCAAUCUCGGCGUCGUCGCAUCCAAUUUCUGCCUUUCGACAAUGAAUCUUCUGCUCGCCUCCAACAAAGCCGCUCCCCAAUUUCUCAGCAGCGAUAUCAAGCAGAAACCCGCACCCAUGCACGAUUCGGCCGAGCCCAAUUUAUUUCUCACUGGCGACGACAUCGCCGAAAUGAUAUCCUCUCUACUCGCACCUCAGCCAUUCGACUCCUCAUCAGCAACCGAAGCCGCCGCUUCGCCAGUCACUUGCACUACACCCUGCUUUUCAUCGCCUAUUCAGAAACCGAAACCGAGUCCGACACCAUCCUUCCAGACGACAUCUGAUGAUGUUUUUUUCCCGGACCCGACUUGGAGCUGGAUACGGAACCCACCGCCACUCAACUCCUGCAACUCCCUCCUACUGAGCUUCGACCUCAGAGGUCCCGCCGGGGAAAGCUCAACUCCGGCAUCCUCCACGGUCCCCUACGACCCGGUGUUAUACUCCCACGUGGUUGAAGGCCAGUCCCGCACAUGUCUACGCACUGAAGUCUUCGAUAUCAGAGGUCCCCUACGACUGAAUACCGAUGACGCAUCAUCAACACUACGGCCUCCUUCGCUGUCCCCUACGACCGGGAGUUCCACUACCCACGAAGUUGAAGGCCAUCGCCGCGGUCCCGCACAUACAUCUACCCUAGGUCCCUCCUGUUUCUUUCGCUACGUAGAGGUCACUUGA